UACACAUUGAUAAUAUUAUUCGAAUUCGUAUUAUAAUUAUUAUACAAAAACGCAAAAUGUUCGCGCUGUGCUGCUCGUCUCGCUAUCGCUGCUGCAGUCAAAGUGCGCGCAUUAAAUAUUUAUUGAAAUUCAAUGCGUGCUUUUAGCAGGCCAAUAAUAAUCUACAUAUUAAUCUUGUUGAGAGAGAACAACUGACGCUUUUAAACUGCAUUUCUUUAAAACUACUGUGUAUAUGUGCAUUUGAGGAUUAUGUUGAAACGCUUGCUGAAAGUGUUAAUUGCAAUAGUGUUGAGUUUAAUGUUUACCGUCUCAUUGGUAAAGAUUGUUUUAUUGAUUUGGUCAUCAUAUCCGGACUGGUUGCAUCCCCAAUCGACUCACGAGCCUCCCUCCAGCUUCACUGCAGACGAAUGGCUUGCAUACCAGCAUUUAGUCCGUGAUAAAGGCAUAUCAUCGUUGUCCAGCUCCGGCGAUCCGGAGCGUCUGCCGGAGCUGCCGCCGGGGGACGAGCAGCGUUUGCAACGUGCCGCACUGCACUUGCAACAGAAACUCAUUUUGCGUGAAUGGCUGAGGGAAUAUCGCAUGCAACAUCAUUAUCAGCGAUUGCUAGCGGUUGAGGUGGCCUCCUUGGAGGACGUCUAUUGGCUGGAGGACUCGCGGGCGAGCAAGAUACUUGGCAAGGAUUGGCAAUUGUGGUCGACGGCGCGUCAGGGAUUGCCCACAUCGAAGGCACAGCUGGACGCACUGAAGGCACAGCUGUGGUCCACGGUGGUCAAGUCGAGUCAGCAUCAGGACGCCUGGACAUGGGGUGGCAUGCUCGUGGUAUCCGUUUCCGUUGCCGGACUCGUUACACUUGCCGCCAUGACGCAACCAUCGUUGGCACCCGAGGCACGACACUCGUUGCUUCAGUACGUGACCGGAAAGUAUCUACUUCCGGCCAACUGCAAGGUGCAAUGGGACUGGAAGGAUCCGGUUCGUGUCGGCGAUACCAUGUGCUUUGUGGUGCGCUUCUUUCAGCGCAACGGGCAGCCUUAUCCCAUCUGUGAUACGGACCAGUUCUUUGUCGAGGUCACCGAGGGCACUCGCAAAGUGGUCACCAUCAGCGAACUGGGCUCCUCCACGGAUCCCAAUAAUGCCAACAUUGCCAAGGUCAAGUUCACCGUACGCACCGCCGGACAAUAUAAAAUCUCCGUUCUCAUCGGGGCCAGUCACAUUGCCGGGUCUCCCUUUCUCCGCAACUUUCUUCCCGGUGCCAUCGAUGCUCGAAGAUCGAGAUUCAUUCGUCCGGCCAGCACGGUCAUCUGUUGUGCCAGUGCUCCCACUUUGAUGCACAUCGAGCCCAGGGAUGAAUUCGGCAAUGCCUGUCUCUUUGAGCAGUCCGAUGAUGCCCUGAAGGGCUAUCACGUUGCCAUCUAUGAUCUGCACGGUGUAACCGUUGAGAAGCUUCAACAUGCCAUCGCCUUCAGCUACGAUCGUGUCAACUCUCGCGUCUCGGUCACAGCUCUUCCGGAACCGACCUGUCUGCGCGCCGUCAUCAGUUAUCGGGAUCAGCAACUGCCCAAUGGUGACUUCGAUAUUAUCGUACUGAGCAAUAGCGACACAACGUUGGUGCACAAGAAUAUUGCCUCUCGGAAGCACAAUAUUUGCUACGAGGCCAAAUUGCUGAGUGUGUAUGGAGCGACAAAGGGGAAGCCCCGCAAGGUGAUGUGCUAUGUGGGACCAAAGCAGGUGACGAUCAAGGAAAUGAUAUUGAAAUUUAUUCCCAAACGCAUUGCGACCUUUCGUCUCUGUCCGUCCACAAAGUUCCAUUUUCUCCCUCAACUGGUGUCCCAGCUGCAUGGACCAGUAUUUGUUAUAGACGAUGGAGCUCAGCCAAGAAUAGAAUUGGCUUCAAAGGAUCGCAACAUAAUUGCGGCGACGUUUACACACUUUCUGCUAAAGAACAUUGGAGGAUCGGAGACAUUUAAGGACAAACAGGACUUUUUCUAUCACGAAGUGCGCAAAUUUCAUGCCAGCUAUUACCAUGAGAAGAUGGCACUAAAAGUGCAUCGGGAUAAGAUCUUGGAGAGCAGCAUGAAGGCCACCAAGGGAUUCUCCGUCUCCGACUGGUGCGGCAACUUUGAGGUGACGUUCCAGGGCGAACAGGGCAUCGAUUGGGGUGGUCUGCGUCGGGAAUGGUUCGAGUUGGUCUGCAGCGCCUUAUUCGAUUCCCGAAGUGGACUCUUCUGCACAUUCCAUGACAAGCAUCAGGCACUAGUGCAUCCCAAUCCGACACGGCCAGCGCAUCUCAAGCUCAAGUACUUUGAAUUCGCUGGCAAAAUGGUGGGAAAGUGUCUCUUUGAAAGUGCGCUCGGCGGAAGCUAUCGACAGUUGGUGCGAGCUAGAUUUAGUCGCUCCUUUUUGGCCCAGCUCAUAGGGCUAAGAGUGCAUUACAAGUACUUUGAGCAAGAUGAUCCAGAUCUGUAUCUCUCCAAGAUCAAGUACAUACUCGACACGGAUUUGGAUGGCACAGACACUUUGGAGCUGUACUUUGUUGAGGAGGUCUACGACGCCAGCGGUCAGCUGAGCAAGACCAUAGAGCUUAUUCCCAAUGGUGCCAAGACGCGUGUGACGAAUGCCAGUAAAAAUCAGUACCUGGAUGCCUUAGCCCAGCAGCGUCUCUGUAAUAGUGUCAAGGAUGAGGUGGAUAGUUUUCUAAAAGGACUCAAUGCCAUCAUUCCGGACAAUUUACUUAGCAUUUUUGAUGAGAACGAAUUAGAGUUGCUCAUGUGCGGCACUGGGGAGUACUCGAUAAGUGACUUCAAGUCCCAUCACAUUGCCAAUGGGAAUUCCGCGGAGUUUCGACGAGUCCUCGCCUGGUUCUGGGCAGGCGUGAGUAACUUCAGUCAGACGGAAAUGGCACGACUGCUGCAGUUCACCACAGGAUGUUCCCAACUGCCGCCUGGUGGAUUCCAGGAGCUUAAUCCACAAUUUCAAAUAACAGCUGCGCCAACGUUCGGGAAUUUGCCCACAGCGCAUACCUGUUUCAAUCAACUCUGCCUGCCCGAUUACGAGAGCUACGAGCAAUUCGAGAAAUCGCUGCUGCUGGCCAUUAGCGAGGGUAGCGAAGGUUUUGGCAUGGUUUAAGCCAACAUUUCGAUGGAAUUUAAUUGAAUAUUUAUAAAUAUAUAUAGUUAUAUUUUGAGUAGCCGCUGCAAUUGUGUUCCUACGCUUUCUAUGUCAUAUUGUUAAGAAUACCACAUACCUAAAUAUUCAAUAAGUAUGCGUGAUGAUCAAAUUUGUAAAGCUAAACUGCGUUUCUUUCGUUGCUUUCUAUGUUGAAAUUGAUUGCAAGAAAAAAGAAAGGAUAACAAAUAUAUAAAA